AGCGGCCCCAGCAGUGGGCGGGCGUGACUCCGCCAGGACUCUGGGAAGGGCUCUGCCAGGCCACAACCCAGCUCCCGCUCACUGCUCGGUUGCUCCGCAGCUGGGCUCCUGGCUGGGGCGUGCCACAGGGCUCAGCCAGGAGGCGAGCACUGACUCAUGGAAACUUUGGGCUCCAGGGACCCAGGCUCAGAGACAGGGACUCUGAUGUUCUCAGGAGCUCUGAAGCUAGUCCCCGGCUUGCAUCUGCCCCUCUGCCAGGACCCAUGGGAGGUUGCCCUAAGCCCCAGUGAAGCAGGACGGGGCUAGGCUGUUUUUCUUUAAUUCUUUUUAAACCUUGGACCCUUCCUUGGGACUCAUCUCCUGCCUGUGUGUCCUGGACUGUCAAAGAAUUGCCUGGCGAUCAAGAACACCCCAUCAAUAGCUCUCCUUGCUGAGCAGUACUCCCUGGUGAGCUGAUGCUGCAGCGUGCUCACUCUAACGCUGCCUGGCAAGCCUUUGCUCAGGCCAGACUUAACCUGGCAUAGCACCUCUCCAUGCUGCUGGGUGCUCAGCAGGACCCUACGGCCACAUGACGAACACACAGGCAUUGGCCCACACUCUCUGGAAAUGCCUGGGAAAGCUGCUAGCGAUCCUAGAGCUAUGUGUUCAAGGCAACUUCUUAAACACGUCAGCCAUCCCCCACAGAUGCCCCCAUGUUUGCAUAUGCACCUUGGACCUUCUGAGCUGUGCCAAGCAAGGUCUCCAGCAGGUGCCAGUUGCACUGCCUCCCACAGCUACCACCUUGGAUCUCAGCCACAAUGCCCUCUUCCAGCUUCACAACCAUUGGCUGGCAGCCCUACCACGCCUCCAGGCCCUCCGCAUCAAUCACAAUCGCAUCAUAGACCUCUUGCCACAGGCGUUCCACAAUGCCACAGACCUGAGACACCUGGACAUGUCCUCCAAUUACCUGCAUGCCAUUGAGAAGCACUACUUCGAAGCACUUAAAGAGGAGCUCCUGCUCUACAACAACUGGAUUGUACAGGUAGAUGAACAAGCCUUCCUCAGGCUAAGCAGCUUGCAGAAGGUCUACCUAAGUUGGAAUAACAUAACCCAAUUCCCCUUCAGCUCCACGCAGGGGCUUAGCCACCCUAACCUGAUGACCCUGGACCUCUCCACCAAUAACCUGAGCAGAAUCCCCAUUGAGGAGGUCACAGCCUUGCCUGUGUACAUGAGAAAUGGCUUGUAUCUCCACAACAAUCCAGUGCGGUGUGACUGCUCACUCUACCAGAUGUUCAAGCAGUGGCAGCAGCGGCACCUCAGCUCGGUGCAGGAUUUCCUAGAGGAACACACGUGUAUGGCGUUCGACAACAUGACACGAUCCUUAGUCAAGUUCCUCAAGUACAACAAGAUCUUUGAGAACUGCUCCCUGAGCCAGGGCUCCCCUGGCGCCUCAGACAUGCAUGCCAUAGUGCUCGUAGGAGAGACUCUGCUGAUCAACUGCAACACGAGCAUGCCUGACACAUCUGUCACCUGCAUGUGGAUCUCACCCCGACACGAGCCCAUCAUGCACCCUGGCAACGGUAAUCGCACACUUGAAGUUUACCACAACGGGAGCCUGAAGAUCAUCGCAGCCAAGCCAUGGCACUCUGGGGUGUAUGUGUGCAUGGCUAUCAGCAAGCACCACCAGCUCAACAAGACACACGAGAUCAACGUGACUAUCCAUUACCCCAUGCUGGAUGGGGAGUCCUUCAGUACCAGCCUCACAACCCUCCUCGGGUGCAUAAAUCAUAGAAUAUCAGGGUUGGAAGGGACCUCAGGAGGUCAUCUAGUCCAACCCCCUGCUCAAAAGCAGGACCUAUCCCCAAAUAAAUCAUCCCAGCCAGGGCUUUGUCAAGCCUGACCUUAAAAACUUCUAAGGAAGGAAAUUCUACCACCUCCCUAGGCAACGUAUUCCAGUGUUUCACCACCCUUCUAGUGAAAAAGUUUUUCCUAAUAUCCAACCUAAACCUCCCCCACUGCAACUUGAGACCAUUACUCCUUGUCCUGUCCUCUUCUACCACUGAGAAUAGUCUAGAACCAUCCUCUCUGGAACCACCUCUCAGGUAGUUGAAAGCAGCUAUCAAAUCCCCCCUCAUUCUUCUCUUCUGAAGACUAAACAAUCCCAGUUCCCUCAGCCUCUCCUCAUAAGUCAUGUGUUCCAGACCCCUAAUCAUUUUUGUUGCCCUUCGCUGGACUCUUUCCAAUUUAUCCACAUCCUUCUUGUAGUGUGGGGCCCAAUACUGGACACAGUACUCCAGAUGAGGCCUCACCAAUGUCGAAUAGAGGGGGACGAUCACGUCCCUCGAUCUGCUCGCUAUGCCCCUACUUAUAUAUAGUGAGCCUCGUGCUAGUCCUCAUGUACCUGUACCUCACUCAGUGCUACUGCUUCCAGUGCUGCAAGAAAGGCGUUGCUCCUAGCCCUCCCCAGGAAUGCAGCGCUCAAUCCUCCAUCCUGAGCACCACCCCCCCAGCCCCAGCUGGGCCCAGCCGGAAGAUCAGCACCAGCAAGCACGUGGUGUUCCUUUAGUCCAUCAAGGAAGCGCACAAUGGUAAGAUCAGGCUGGCUGCCAGCGAGGAAGACACCAAGAAUCCUAAGCUCCUGCAGCUCAAGUCAGACUCAGAAUCUAUUAGUUCCAUCUUCUCAGAUACUCCCAUCAUGUCCUAGGAAGUAGGCGGGCUGGGGACCAGAAAUGGGGGGCAGUCUCCCAGGAGACAAAAUUGGUGUGUGUGGGGUUGCUAGCAGUCACUGCUGGGGAGGGAGAAAGGGGCACCAUGCGGAGAUGCAAUCUGCCGUGCAGAAGAGCUGCAUUUUCUUAUAUUUGUUACUCCCAGAGGGAGGAUUAUGAUGCAUCCUUAUCAGGCUCCAGCUACUUCCAGGCUCCACUGUCACAUUGUAAAACAAUCCAGGAGGGAGAGAAGAUCAGAAUAUCUCCCAAGACUGCAGUCUGAUGGCGUCGGCCUCUCCUCUUCAUUGUGGUUAAAGGCAGGCAGGUCACCCAAAAACAAAGCUAGCUUUUAUGAGAUCAAAUGCUCUUUGAAGGAUCACAAGUGACUGCAUCCUGUUCUGCACCACCCAGACAAUAUGGUAUAGCAGAGGGUUCUCCUCACUUUAGAUUAUUGGCAAUGGAACAGGGACAAUUUCCUCCAAGUGCUGUCCAGUGGCUGAUUCAAGAGAAGCCCACUGGGUAGCUCCUAGCUCUCCUGAGCAGCCAGUCUGGUUAGGACUGCAGCUUUGACCUUCAGGAUGAUGCACAUUGGCUAAUUAACAUCCUUACAGAUCUGUCUUUCUAGAACAUCCUAGCAAUGGCACAAGACUGGGCGAUCCUUCUGCCUCCUCCCUCUCCCGCUCCCCCCCAUUCAUGUGUCCAACACUGGGCACAGGGAAACAUGCAUGGCUGAGCCCUCCACUUCCAGCCAGCCCUGGACUUCCUUGAAUAGUGCACUGCAGGGUUCAGCACUAUCCUGGGCAAGGCUGAGCCUGACUUGACCACUUGCCCUCUGGGCAUGUGCGGAGAGCACCGUAAGUGCUGGAGACUGUCAGCUAGACUUUUGCUUGACCUAGCUUAGAGAGUUGUUUGCUUUAAUUACAAAGCCACAUGGCCAGCUCCUUGUACUGAGCUUCUUUCUUGUGAGAGCUCCCCUCCAGGGUGUAGUCUCCAAUAGCACUGGGGCACCUGCAUUACUACACUAGAAUUCUGCUAGCUCAGGACAGUAGCAGCAGCAAACAAGCCAGUACGGGCUAUAUGCCCUAUAGGCCUAAAGAAGGAGAGUAGCAUGCUCCAUCCCCCAGAGCACAGGGGUAAGGAGGACAUUCUCCUGGCACAGGCUGAUGCUGCCGACUACGUAAACUAACCCACUGUCAGCUCCUUCAACCAGCUGGCCCUAGAUUUAGGUAAGUGCUGCCUAGUUUGUGUGUGGUCCUAAUGAGGAUGGGAAUUUCACUCCGAUCUUCACUAGACAAAGCCAUUCAGCAAAGUAAACAAUGCAAUUACUCCCCUCCUCUGCUACACACAAGCAGCUGUAAGUAGUUGAGUUCAGGAAUGUAAUAGAUGAUGAUUGUGCAUAGUGUGAUACUAAUGACCCAACCCUGCA